UUCUUUAACUACUUGAGGCCCAACUCUACCCUACCUACUACUAUCCUUACCAACCACAAAUCUACAUCACCUACCUACAUACAUAUCUUACUCACAUACUGACUUACUUACAUACAUACAUUGCUACGAUAUCUAUCCUACCUAGACUUACACACACACUCACACACAUACAUAAACUACCCUGUCCUAUCCUAUCCUAAUCCCUACUCGAUCGGACCUAACUUCAUACCAUACCUACGCUUUACCUAUCUAAGCCUACCCGCGCAUACGACCAGCGACGACGUUCUGGUUCCUCCCCUUAAGCUAGGUCACGAGCUUUUUCUGCUUUUUAUGUCUAGAUGACAUUUUGUACAAGGCUACCGACUACGUCGACUAUCGAAUAAUAUAGUAACCACCGUGGCUACCUAGCAGCUCUCUCGUCAAGGGGGUGCUGCUAGUCCUGGGGUGAAAGUGGCGCGCUCUCAGAAACAUUUACAUGCGCCCAUUAUGAUUUCCAUGCAGCGAUCACUAUCUUCACCCGUUUGCAUACAUUCUUCUCCACCCGUCUCUCCCACUGCCACACAUCAAUCUUCACGAUCCCCGACCCCUUCCCCCGAGGCGCGACCCGAAGUAUCGCGCCCGCGACGACUCCGAUCGCGAAGUCCUACCAAGCCCGGAAUUGGGCACCGUCGGCGAGAGUCGUCUGGUUCGGUUCGCAAGAUUGGUAGCGACGAGACGUCCCGCGAUGCGACUUCGAAGCAGCAGUCGAACGCCACCCAGGGUGCCGGCGCGAGUGCGCCCAAGAAGCCAAUAAUAGCGCAGGCUGUAAGCCCUUCGAAACCACCCACUCCCUCUCCGGCUUCAAGCCCACCCGCACCAUCCAGCCCGUUACAACCUAUUUUGAAGGAUCAUGAGGACCCGGGCCCAUUCCCGAGGUCUCUCUUGGGUGAUGUGUCCCUAUACACAAACUCCCACCUCUCACCCGAAUCAGAAGGUACCACUCUCGAAGAGCUCGCUCAUCUGGUCCGGUUGUCUAAAUACCAGGAGCGCAAGUGCGCCAACACCCGCAUUCGCCUCCAAAGGACCCUGAUUUCCACCGCUCUCUCGGCGCGCCUAACCCGCUGCGGAGAAAUUUCGUUGCGCAAUUUGGCGGAUAGCUUCCGGAAUGACGACAAGAGGGCUUUUGCUAAUCUCUUUGGUGCCAUUCAUGAUGUUCGGAAUAGCUGCGAUGCCACCCGUCGCUAUGCUCUCCUGGAACCUGAGAUGGAGUCUUUGCAAUCGUCAGGAGUAGCUUCUGUCGAGACGCUCGUGCCUCCCCCAAGCACUGUGGGAAGUAUUGGUCCUAGCAGUUCUGUGACCCCCUUUCUCAAUGAGAUCUCUGCUUCUGCCAGAGAAGCGUUCCUGAACUUUCUAACCCAAAUCCGGACGAACCCGGACUACCUAGCUACGCGGCUAUGCGCCCUGAGCACUUCGGAGCUCCAGGCCCUCACAACUUUUCAUCAGGGAUUGGAACCAAUAGAAUCGGUCUUGCCAUAUCAUGGCCGUUCUAGUAGUCGUGCGCAUUCUAGCGGCCCUAGUAGACAGUCGGCGCAAACCCCCAAUGCUGUUGAGCGGCUUCUUUCUUUUCAGCGCCACGAUCCACUUUCUGCUCUUAUAUAUACCUGCUUUGCGAACUCGGCCGGCCCGGACAGCGCCGAGGACAAACGGAGGACCGGGAUCUGGGCCACUGCUUUCGCUCGGUUGAUUUCCACGAAGUCUACGAGUGAGCCAGUGUUGAUCUCAAUCCUCAACGCCUGGUCUGCUAUGCGUGAUUGGUCCGGACGGGCCAAUAUGGAAUGGUACCUGAUGAAGAUACUUGAGGAUGGCGCAUUUUUGCUCGACCGAGCAGAAGACCAGAAUGGAACACGGUUCAACAUAUCGGAUUGGACUACCAAGGAUACCAUUGCUGCUGAGGAGUUCUAUGAACGUGCUGUUAACAAUCUUUUUGCCAUCAUUGAUGACGAAGACGCAACAGGGAUCCCAGAAGGAGUCAUUGAAUUAGGAAAUGAGAUUCUUCGUCGGCUGGAGACUAAGGACAGCACGCGCAACCUGGUUGAUACUACUCGAAGAUGGUUUGUAUACAAGUGGCUCUUUUCCAGUUGGUUGCUCGCCGUUGUCAUUCACCCAGAGAGUUAUGGGAUGAUGACUGAGUAUCACAUUACCGAAUAUGGUCGCCAAAAGAUCCUCAAGCAGGUUGCCACAAUUGCGCAGCAUUACGUUAUCGAAAUGCUUGCGAGUGGAAAUCCUCAGAAGCCGGUAUCGACGCCCCCCAAGAUCAAGAGCCACAUUGAAAACAUCCUGGGUCGUUUUAAACCAACGGGCAAGAGAACCGGAAGGCUGCUUCCUGCUAGGUCUAUCACGUCUCUGAGAGAAACCGUUGAAGUCCAUCCUUAUUUGGUGGUUAGCCCAGCUGACGUUGCUACACUCGUCAAUGCCCUAUAUCCUGAACGCAGGCCACAAUCCGGCCACUCCAGCAGCAUUCGCUCUGGAGCGCCCUCGGUGUCGGGCUUCUCUGCCAUCUCACAACCGAUAUCAAUCGGUACGUCAAGAAGUAACUUUGACACUGCCUCGGUUCUUAGUAUGAGUGCGUCUUCCGUUUUCAGUGAUGGGACCACCUCAGGCGAGCCUUUACUUGAAGACCAAGUAGCCGGUACGCCUCAACGACGUUCACCGCCCAUAUCCGAUGGGACCCGGCAGAAAAACCCCAACCAUUAUGAGGAUGAUGGAUAUCGUCUUCGCUUAGCAAUGCACGAGAUGGUCCAAAACUUGGGCCAGGAGGCUAUUUCGGGAUCAUGUCACCCGUGUGCUGAACGCUGGGCUGUUGUAUUUAUUUCCGCUGAUGGCAACGGCCUUUCUUUGCAGAUGACUUACGAUCCUGAUGAUGACGCAGAAGAGGAGAACUCAUCUACUACUAGUGACACUGAGGAUGAUGAGCCUGAUGAGAAACCCGAACUUGAUAAGGACUAUCAUCAGCUGCGGGACUCAGUCCUGAAGCUCGUCGAGGACUUUGAGAUUCCACAAGGGCUGGAAGAUCACGGCGCUAAAACUACAUUUAGUAAUCGAGCUUCCGGACUGAAGAAGUAUCGAUCCAAGAACAAGAUCAUCACUACAGGGUCAUCGAUGGGUAGCCGCAACCCGUAUCGUACCAAAUGCGAGGAGGAGGAGAAGUCCAAGCGGGCUGCCGAAGAGGCUUCCCAACCUCCUGAAGACCAAGAGCCAACAAGUGAGCCCGAGUCUUCGGUCUUAAUCACAAUGCUUUCGGCCGCCUCUUCACAGUCACGUAUACAAUCCGACUUUGUCGCAGCACAUCUCUACUGGAAGACCCUCCAACAGCUGAAUGCUCUAACCUCUUCCUCAUUACGCAAGAACGGCUUUGCAAUGCUACUGAAUAUAUUCUCCCGCGGUCCUCGUGAUUCAAUUCGACGCUCCGCCUCGGCAAUUGAGGAGUAUGAUGCCUGGCUAGUAUGGCUGAAGCAGAGCCAGGAACGCCACGAAGGCCUUAUCGACACCAUGAUGAAACGCCUGAAGUCGCUCCGAGAUAAGAUGUGGUAUGUGACGGAUGUUCACAACUCGGCUCCUUACGAACAAACUCGAAAUAUUUGCAGCGCCUUGAAGAUUAUGGGCGUGCCGAGAAAAUGGGGCUCUUUUCAACGGAAUCGAGCCCAAUUGGCUCGAGGCCCUGCUGCAGCCUAUAUCUUUAGAAAUGAAUCUCAGAUGCUGGAUCUGCUGGCCGCUGGCGAAGACCAAGGAGGCCCAAAUAAGCUCAGUGACGCCCAGGCUGAGAUAACUAACAAGUGGCUAGACCAGCUCGGCAUACAGAAUAUGUGCCAAGGUGAGGAGCGAAUACAUCGCUUUUGCUGCGAGGUCGAUAGCUGCGUAGCAAAGCUGGUUGGUGAGAACAUCGUCGAUGGUCCGGUGCUCUGGUCCAGCGAACUCUAUUCGAGAGACCGCAGAUUGUUUGAGGGAUCUCGUAUCGGUCGGGAUAGGGAGAGCGUAUGGGGUGAUGAUACUGCAAGCAUCAUAAGCAGCGAGCACGAUAGACGAUAUGCAUCCCCAACGCGUCGUCCAGGCUCAAUGGCUCGUGACCUGAGAAACAUGCCCGCAUUCAACUCGAGUCAGGUCUCUAUUGACUCCCACCGCCGAUACAGUUUCUCGAGAGCAAGUACUGCGAUGUCCGACACAUUUGAUUCGCAUGAUUACUUUGGAGCCUCAUCUCCCAUGCAUGGUCUUGAUUCGACGUCGACCUUCUGGUCGCCUUUCCAAUCUACAAUAUCGACUGUUAGCUCAGCAACUUCACGUGCUCAAUCGCCGACGACCAGUGUUACCAACCUCUCGAGCACUUUCUCGCACCCGAAUCACCAGCACCUGUCGUCUCACCAUUCUGCGUCAAGAUCUGGCGCAUCGGUAUCAUCGAACGAGACUGUUCAUCUACGCCGACUUUCGGAAGGGAAACAACGUUUCCUUGCAGAGCUUCGCCAGACUCUCACCAGCCUUCUACUCUCCGAACUGGGCAACCUUGUGUUCGCAUCGGGGUCGGAGACGGACGGAUGGUUUGGCAGUAUGGGCCAAGAAUGUAUUGAACGCCGAGAUAACGAAGAGCGAAGGGCACGGCGGCCUUCGGGGAAGAGGGAUCGUACAAGUAAGAGCUCCGCCAAGCAGAGAGUGAUCGAGAAAAGGAAGAGUUUCGGUAACCUUCGACAAGCAGGGGAAGCAUCGAGAGUGGACCUGAAUGCGGACAGGCCUGAUAGCGCCUCCGGACCAAGUAAUGACAGUUCUACCACGAGCGAGACAACAUCGGCCCGCGCGAAGUCGUCGAAGAGGAAAGGAACGCCAGACUUCCCUUACGCCAAAGCAUAUCAAAGAUUGCUGGGAAUGUUUGCUGUUCAUCCAAAUCCGUACACGAAGCUGAACGCUCUCAUUGAAUUGGAGCGUCUCAUAUCCGCUUCCUUAUCUAGCGGACGUCGUUCUCGGUGGGCACAAAGACACCAGUCUAUGUCUGUCGACGAUGAUACUUCAGGUAAAACUGACUUGAAUGAGCUCGGUGGUGAUGAUUCUCGGGACAGGCGUCCGCAGCUGUUCCAAUCACACAUGUUUUACAUUCAGCCUCGUGGCAAUAAGAAUGCCGAUGCACGCUCAGUCAUCUCCGUGAAGGAGGCCGCUAACACAAGUGCCAUUGCACAAAUACUUCGGUCGCUAUUCAAAGACGCAGGUAUCCGACCGAAGACGCUAUUUCGCGAUUUACAAUUUAUUAAUUCGUUUGUUUCACCUUCGAUUCUGGAUGCUGAUAGAAAUAAGGCCUUUUGGGAUAUUGCAGCAGUAGCGUUUUCUCUGAAGCAAGACGUAAUCACGACGAUGGUGGAGGUGGCAGACGAAAUCUUGAACUACUACACGCCGUCUAGAAAGCGUCCUAGUGGUAACGAUGACGCACCUGAGCCGGUACGGCCAACACCGAUUCACUCUCUUCGUGAUGCAGCAACAAUGUGGACGAUCGCGGCAAAAGAGGGUCAUGCUACAGCACAACGAGAGCUGGGGCUCUUUAACCUCAGCAACCCUGAGCUUGUCGAGAGAAGCACGCUGCCUCUCUCUAAACCACGAGAUGUAUUCAAACAGGCUGUUAUGGAGAAGUUCGGACCUCGAUCUGGAAGCACUACGCGCCAUAAUCCGGAUAGAAGUCGAAGCAGUCUGGGUGCGGCAGGACCAGCAUCUUCAGGCAUGCAGGAUACGACUACGGAUGGUGACGUCCGUGACCCUACUAUGAUGUGUGUCGCUAUUCAUUGGAUGAAGGAGGCCGAACGUGGCGGAGACGAGUUGGCCAGGACUUUCCUUGGCCAGAACGAGAUGAUGGGUCUAUGAUGAUUCGCUACGGUGACGUUUGCUACAACGGCCUACCUCACCUGUCUUACGUUUUUCAUCUGUUUGCACUCACGGAAGUCUUAUUUGUCUAGCACAGUUGCUGACUUACCGAGAGCAAGAUACAGGUUUUACAUGUUCAACACAUUUCCCAUCUUUUUUGUUGGAUACCCCC